AUGGCGCAAGAGUUGGUAUCAAUCGACCUCCAUGUACAACACUGCACGAACCCAUUAGAUAACGCCGCAUACGCCGUCUAUGCCCCGUUCUCUCCCUUUGGAUUUUCAGCUCAUGUAUAUAUAAAAAGAGGCAUCGUCACUUCCAUGGUACCACACUAUAGUUUUCAAUUGAAUUUCGACCAGCCGCCACAUUUUGGCUACUCAAUAGUCAAUACCUACUUCUCCCAAUACCCUGAUUCACUACCGCAAUUCUCAUUGAAAGUUAUGGCGUUCCGACCAAAGCAGAUCACCCAAUAUCAAGCUGAGCACCUUGCUGAGCUCCAAGGAGAUGUCAGUGUCACCGCCUUCGAAUAUAGUCUAGGCCUUCUUCCAGCUUUUGUCGAUGGUGACAACAUUCAUGACAAUGCCGCUGGCUCCGGCGCAGUGACUGCAACCAUAUUUGAACAGCUCAAACCUGAUACGAGCAUCCAUGUCAAUGCAACAGAUAAGAACGAACAAUUUGUUCAAGGUUGCAAAGCCCUGGCAGAAUCCAAAGGCUGGCCCGUAGACGCAACCGUCAUGUUAGCUCAGGAGCUGACGUAUCCCGACAACAAUUUCACUCAUUCAUUUACGAGCUUCGCGUUCCACUGCCUAGGUGACCACGAUGCAGCCGCCAAACAAGUUUACCGUACACUCAAGCCUGACGGCAUCGCGGUUGCAUCUAUCUGGAUCUCCAUGCCGCAUGUAGACGCGCUACAACACGCUCACUGGCGUACUCGUGGAAAAAGAGGGUCCCAUGCCUGUGCUUUUGCCUCUAGAAAGCUUCCAAGAGCCGGACCUGCGCAAUGCUCUCCAGGCUGGUGGUUUCGAGCACAUAGACUGUUACACGAAGGACUGUUACCUAAAUGUACCAGAUGUCAAGCGAUGGGCUCAGCUGGCAUGGAGCUACUUGGGUAUCUUGCCCACAGGCUGGGACCAGACAGACGAGGAGAAAUGGGAUGAGGUUAUAACAGAUAUCGUCGAGCAAUUGGAGGACGGUGAUGGCAUUUCCAAGAACGAAAAGGGGGAAACUGUACUCAAGAUGGUAGCCUGCAUUGCCGUCGCAAGGAAAUAAGAGUAUCGGUUGUUGGAACAUCGAAAUGGACUGAAUGAGCUAUCUCACGCUACGAUCAUCAACCGGCGGAGUCCUAAGUAUCUCUAUAUUUAACAUUCUGUAUGGUUCAUGUGGAACACAGUACUAUGUACCUGUAAAUGAUUGAAAGCACAUUGAUAGCAUCCGACGGAGCUGAGAGCACCAACACGCCUGACCUAAGAUACAAGCAUAACAUGGUUGAAUCUCUUUUCGAAUCUACAAUUGUCCACCAUGUUACUAAUGCUUGAUUUAAUACGAUGUAUUCA